GUCUAAAUUAGAAGUGUCGGCCGCAAAGCGUGAUUAUCGUAUGAAUGAGUGAAAGAAAGAACUUUUGUAUUCAGUUAGGUGUAGUUAGUUAAAAUUUGGUGGUAAACAUUAACUACGUGUUAUAUAACGUGGUUUGAACAAUAGUUAUAAAUGUUGUCGUGUGACGGUACAUAUUAUCAAAGUGUGGUUGCCAUGCUUUCAUAAACCAACAUGGUUACACUCCAUAUUGUUCGUUUGAACGUAAAAUAUCAUUAAACCUUGAAGAGUUGCAUUUAACCCUCGAAGAUUAAAUUGAAGAUGGAAGCACAUUGUGUAGCAACACCAAAUACUGCCUCCAAGGACGUUGACAAUAAGGCUACGUCUUCAGAUAACCCUGGAGCUUCUUAUGCACAUGCUGUUUUGAACUUCAAGCAGAACAACAACAGCAACAAGGAAAACAUUGCCGAAAGGAAAUUUGACCAUAAUGCGGCUACUAAACCGGAAAAAGUCUCGACCCCGGAGCCCCAAGAUCCAAGAGACGAUAGUGAUAACUUUACCCCGGUCCCAACACACAGUCGCAAAGACCGAAAGCAUGAUCAGUUAAAAAAAGACAAACAUAAACAUUUAGUGAACGGUAAUAUUGAUAAAAAAGACAAUCACGACAAAUUCAAGAAACCAGCCAAGCACACCAAAACCAAACCGGAAAUUCAACAGCCCCCGAAAGAACCUCAAAGCAGCACACAGAUUAAGGAAGAGACGAACACCGAAACUAAAAAAGUGUUUGUUGCAGCACCUAUACCAAAAGUGAACGCGUGGCAAAUCAAAAAUGCAGCUCCUGUUGCAGCAGCUAAAGAACCCUUAAAUGAUAAAAGGGUCCUGCAACCGCAGAAACAGGAAACGGUUCAGAAAAAUCAAGCAGCGGCUGUGGUUAAAGCACCCAAAGACAGACGCAAAUUCAACAAAAAGGCCAGCAACUUCUCGGAUAUUUGUGAUUGGCCAACGUUGAAUGAUAACGUCGCAGCGGAGUCUAAAAAAGUGUCGCCAAAUCCGACUCCUGGUCAGUCGUCGACAGCAUCCAAGGAGAAGAUCCAACAGCAGACGUCUCAUGAAGAACAUGAAGAUAAAAAAAAGUCAACCAAACAUAAAUGGGUACCAUUGGAGAUUGAUUUGACUAAAGCGCAUAAAAAGGAUCAGUCACCAAGGAGACGAGCUGACAGAGAUGCCCAAUCGACCGUUAGUGAUGGAGAUAGAGAUUGGAGGGCGGAAUUGCGAGAUGGUCCUCAGGUAAAUGGGAGAUAUCCCAGACCGGCCUCAGUGGCCGCUAGAGGUAGAGGACGUAAUAGGGGAGGAAGACGUACCACGUUUAAUAGACCAACCAAUAGAAUGCCAACUGAUCCAGAUUAUAUAGAUUUUCCCGCCGAAUAUGCCCAGUUUGCCACUCAAAACUUUAUGCCAUACAUGGGCACUUUUUACUUCAAUAGUAACAAUUACGGGAGUUUAGACAAACCAACGCUAAAGGAAUACAUUAGGAAUCAAAUCGAGUAUUACUUCAGCGAGGAAAAUCUAUCACGUGACUUCUUUUUGAGGCGAAAAAUGGACGCUCAAGGCUACCUCCCUAUAACUUUAAUAGCGUCGUUUCAUCGUGUUCAAGCACUGACUGAUAAUUUACCUUUGAUCAUUGAAUCCGUUAGAAGUUCAGACAAAAUUGAAUUCGCAUCGGGAUUCAAAGUUCGGCCGAAGCACGAACCAACCAAAUGGCCUCUAUUAGACGGUAACAAUGAUAUUAAAAAAGUUGCAUCUCAAUUAGUUCCUCCACCGCCACUGCCGCGGACAUUACGAAUAGAAAACUUAAAUCCGGACGUGCCUGAAUUUAUCCCCGAACAUAACAAUAACAAAACCAAUAUCAACAUGAACAGCACAGAAGACAACGAUAACGAUAAAGAAAACUCUAGUGAGAAUAAUACGGUUAAUAACGUCGAUAGUAAAGAAAAUAAUGGGUUAAGUACAGAUGAGGAAAGUUGGCGCGAAGUGAAACGAAAAAACAAAGAAAACAAAGGCAAGAAGGAGACUAAAACGAAAAGUUACGAAAGAGAGGAACUGGAAUUUUAUUUUGAUGAAGAAAUUGACCAUUGUGUAUUAAGUGGACGGCAAAAUACUUUUUCAAAUGAAGGUGCUGAAGACGACUCGGAUGAAUUGAGCGAUCACGACGUUAGCAAAUUACUUAUCGUAACACAAACACCGUCUCGUCCACCUAAACAUGAAGGUUACGAUCGCACCGGUGAUAAAACAACACGAGUCAAAAUAACACAAGAAUUAGAACAAGCCAUUAACGAUGGACUUUAUUAUUAUGAAGAAGACUUAUGGUGUAACGACUUCUCUUCGUUUGGUAGUUACAAAACUGUGAAUGUGAUUAGUCAGGAAGAUUUCAAAAAGAUGGCACCUCCUGCACCGAAGAAACAAAAUCCUGAAGUACCUCCGCCACCUCCUCCUGUUGUCGAUGUUAGUAAACCUUCUGGUAGUAAAAAUAAAAGUCCGAAGACUCCUGGUCAUAGAAAUGUGCCAAGGUUUUAUGCUGUGGUUAAAGAUGAAGUUCCUGAUCCGCACACGCCUAGAAAACGGAAAACGAAGCAUUCGAGUAAUCCACCAGUUGAGCAACACGUUGGCUGGAUUAUGGAUGUGCGGGAGCAUCGCAUUCGUACGAGUUCGGCUAGUAGUAGUUUUGGGACAAGUCCUAGUGAAAAUCACUUGGGAACGAGUUGUGGAAGUGUACCACAAGCGUUGCCGGCCUUCCAACACCCUUCGCAUGCUCUUUUGAAAGAGAACAACUUCACGCAACAGGCUUAUUCGAAAUUCAGGGCAAAGUGCUUAAAAGAACGUAAACGUUAUGGUAUUGGUCAAAGCAAUGAGAUGAACACGCUAUUCCGAUUCUGGUCAUUCUUCUUACGGGAAAAUUUCAAUCGCACGAUGUACAACGAAUUCAAAACAAUUGCGUUAGAAGAUGCAGAAAAAGGUUAUCGUUACGGACUUGAGUGUCUAUUUAGAUUUUAUUCGUACGGUCUCGAAGUUAAAUUCCGGCCGCAUCUCUAUGAGGAUUUCCAAGAGGAAACGGUUAGAGAUUACGAAAACGGACAAUUGUACGGCUUGGAAAAAUUUUGGGCUUUUCUCAAGUAUUACAAACAUAGCAGCAAUUUGCAAGUGAAUCCAAUACUAAAGCAGUAUUUAUCAAAAUUUAAGAGCAUUGAGGAUUUCAGAGUCGUUGAGCCCAUCAACGAUACUCAAGGUGGACGUCCUCAAUAUCGUCAAAAGAAUCGAAAUCGUAGUCUUUCAGAAACACAAUCGGCCGAACCGGGAACAUCACGUGAUGAUAGUGCUAUAGGACGACGUUCUUCUGGAAGUAACGUUGCUCAUAGGCUUGAUUUUGCUCACGCUCAGCCUGGAACUAGUGCUCCAGCUGGGACAGGUUUUAGAUUCGCGGGACGGGCUCGCACUCAGUCUUUUGGAUCUGGCCGUACUAAAAGUAAUCGAAAUAGCGGUGAAUCAUGGCGACAAAAAGAGCCAGAUGGCAAAUUUGAAAAUUCCACAAACGCUGCUUAAGUUCCAACAAGUGUUCUAGUUAAGUGAUCAAGGCAAAAUUUUCGUAACAUUACUUGGUCUUUUCUUUUGUAAAAUUUUAAGUGUAGUUUAUAAUGUUUUAAAUUAUAGUUAUAAUUAUGAAUUAUUAUAAAACUAUCAAGCACUGAUGUUUGUAUAAAAUGAAUAACUGAUGUAUAAAAGUGUAAGUAGAUUUGCGAGUGUUAAGUGCCAUUGCCUUAAAAUAACUGACAGUUUCAUAUUUUUCUAGUAAUUACAAGAUGAAGCUACGCAACGCAAUAUUUUUUAAAUGUCAGUGGAGACCGUAUCGGUUCUAUUAUUAAAUAUUGUGAAUGAUUUAGUCAUAAAGUUUUGUGUGAGUUUGGUGGUUGCAUUAAUGAAUUGUAUUGUAUUGACUGCGCUAUUCUUUGUACAUAUUGGUCAAAACAAUUAUGGGCUCACUCCACAAUACUUUCAUAUAUAAAAUCUAAAAAAUAGGCUGUUUCGUUUUCGCUUUAGUGUGUACCAAUAUAUUAAGCAUUAUGUAGCUGGGCUACACAAUAUAACUGCUUAGCUGAGAUUUCUUAAGUUUCUUUUUACUAGUAAUUACAAGAGCAAGCAAUGUACGUUUAGUUGAGCUAAGAAUGUUUGCACUUUUCAUUGAAAAUGGCAAUCAUACAAUGGUAAAUUUUACUUAUUUACUUAAGGUAUGCAUUUCCCCAAAAAAAUUUAGUUGUAAUCUUGUGUAUUGCCCACUUUUUUUUUUUUUGUUAUGUUAUUGUUUUUUCCCAACCCACGUAGUUUGAAGAUAUCUAUAAGUUGUAUUAGUAACCAACCCUUGAUAAAUGGUACGAUUAGGGGGAAGACUAGUAAUGGUGUUGUUACUUGAAACUCUCAACUUGUUUUUGUUAAUAUGACUAAAUCCCAUUUGUUUUAUAUUGUUAACAGUUUUAGGUGUCAACUACUCUUGAUAUAUUUUUAUAAUUAAUUCCUACUGGUAUGUUUAUAAAAAUGUAAAUCAUAGGACAGGCAAGGAGUUUUUUGUAUGUGUUUUCGUAAUAUCGUAUCUAGAGAAUUAAUCAUCAUUUUAAGAUAGUUAAAACUGUUUUUUCGUUUAGUCUGAAAUCAGCUACGUGCAAUUACAUAAUUGUUAUCAGAUUAGACGAAAAAACACAUAAAUCUUGUGAUAAUUAAACGUUUUUUUUGCUCAACUCCUUGCAAUUUAUUAUAUAAUUAAGUUAGUUUGUAAAGUGUGUUGUGGAAGUGUGGUCAAAGAUUUGUCUUCCUGUAACACUUAAAAAAAUAUAAAAAAAACUACAAAACUGCAA